GCGAGUGUGAAACCAAAGAAGGUUCAUUAUCGAAGUGAGUACAUAUUAUAUAUAUAUAUAACGAGAUUACAAUGUGGACGGACGAAGAAGCUGCACCAUGGGACAUCGAGGAACCCGCUCCGCAAGCCGAAAGUGUGGCGGAAGGUACGCCUGCUGAGACUGCUGAGAAACCUGUCUUGAAAUUAUUAAAGCUUGAGCCGCCACAUUACAAUCAUCAUUGGGUUCGACCACUGUUUCUUAAUUACGCGUAUCUUUACGAUUAUAGGAAGAACUAUUACGACGACGUGAUCGAUUAUCUUAAUUCGAAGCAGAAAGGUAUACAUCGCGAGCUGCCCAGGGCUCAGGAAUGGGCAGAAAGAGCUAUAAGGACCUACGAUCAAAAGAACAUAGACAAGAGCUUCAAGCGAUCGAGUGACAUGAAGUACAUCACUAAUAUGACAUUCACAGGCAGACACUACAGUUAUCAUACUCGUGCUUAUUAUAGUCUGAAAUACCAGAAGAUUCUGUGAAUCCGCAGACCGCUGUUAAAAGCAGUCAAAAGGCAACUAUUAAAGACAAAUGAAAUUUCACAUAUC